CCUUCCUUCACUUCCCGCUCGCCUGUCUGGAGGCGGCGGGGCCGGCGCGGGCGCAGGGCUGCGGGCGCUCGGCUGGCGCGCGGGGCGGGGACGCGGCCGCCGCCCGCUUUGCGCCGCUCCUCCCCGCGCGAGUGGCGCUCUGCCCGGCGUCGAGGCGGCCAUGGCGACCCGGAGCCCGCUCCCCACCCACCCCGCCUGCUCCGCCCUCCCCUCCGCCCCGCGACACCUUUGAUGGCUCGGACCUCGGCCGGCCACCGCCAGCCCCGCUCGCGUGUCCGCGCCGCCGCCGCCGCCCCCGCCGCCCGCGGGUAUUAAUAGCCGAGCGUCCCCGCCGCACGCGCAGCCGGAGCCGCCGCGCCCUCGGCCGCCGGGAGCUCGGAGCUGCGGAGCCCGGAGGCCGGGAGUGGGAGCCGGAGCCGCCUGCGCCGUGGAGGCAUCAUAUAAUCUGCUCUCAUCAUGGGAGAAAUAGAGCAGAGGCCAACUCCAGGAUCGAGACUGGGGGCAGCGGAGAAUUCGGGGAUCAGUACCUUGGAACAUGGACAGAAGCCUCCCCCGACGCCUUCAGGAAAACUCAUGUCCGUCAGAAUCCAGAUGCUGGAUGACACCCAGGAGGCCUUUGAAGUUCCGCAAAGAGCCCCGGGGAAAGUGCUGCUGGAUGCGGUGUGCAGCCACCUGAACCUCGUGGAAGGAGAUUAUUUUGGCCUCGAGUUUCCCGACCACAAGAAGAUCACGGUGUGGCUGGAUCUCUUAAAACCUAUUGUCAAGCAGAUUAGAAGGCCAAAGCAUGUCGUUGUUAAGUUUGUGGUGAAAUUCUUUCCACCUGACCACACACAACUCCAAGAAGAACUCACAAGGUACCUGUUUGCUCUGCAGGUGAAGCAGGACCUGGCUCAAGGCAGGCUGACGUGUAGUGACACCAGCGCUGCCCUCUUGGUCUCACACAUCGUGCAAUCUGAGAUUGGGGAUUUUGAUGAAGCAUCGGACAGAGAGCAUUUAGCAAAAAAUAAGUACAUACCUCAGCAAGAUGCACUAGAAGACAAAAUUGUGGAAUUUCACCAUAACCACAUUGGACAAACACCCGCAGAAUCGGAUUUCCAGCUCCUGGAGAUUGCCCGCAGGCUGGAGAUGUACGGCGUCCGAUUGCACCCAGCUAAGGACCGGGAAGGCACUAAGAUCAACCUGGCUGUGGCCAACACGGGGAUUCUAGUGUUUCAGGGUUUUACGAAGAUCAAUGCCUUCAACUGGGCAAAGGUGCGGAAGCUGAGCUUCAAGAGGAAGCGCUUUCUCAUCAAGCUCCGCCCAGAUGUGAACAGCUCAUACCAGGAUACCUUGGAAUUCCUAAUGGCCAGUCGGGACUUCUGCAAAUCCUUCUGGAAAAUCUGUGUUGAACAUCAUGCCUUUUUUAGACUUUUUGAAGAGCCCAAACCGAAGCCAAAGCCUGUUCUGUUUAGCCGAGGGUCAUCGUUUCGGUUCAGUGGCCGGACUCAGAAGCAGGUUCUCGACUAUGUGAAAGAAGGAGGACAUAAGAAGGUGCAGUUUGAAAGGAAACACAGCAAGAUUCACUCCAUCAGAAGCCUUGCUACGCAGCCUGCAGAGCCGAACUCAGAAGUGCCAAAACAAGCUCAGCAGAGCGCCAGCCUCACCUUCGGAGAAGGUGCCGCAUCCCCGGGCGGCCAGAGCUGCCAGCCGGGAAGGGACCCGCCCGCUUCGGCCGAUGAGCGCGGGCCACAGCGCAACCCCACUCCGCAGAGGAGCCCGGCGGGGAGCACGAAGGCAGACGGGGCCGGCAGGGCGGAGACGGAGGAAGAGGAGGAGGUCGCUAAGGACAGGACCCAGCAGAGUAGACCUCGGCCCCCGCAGCCAAGCACAGGCUCCCUGACUGGCAGCCCUCACCUUUCAGAGCUGUCCAUCAACUCGCAGGGAGGAGCUGCGCCCACCAGCACCGUCCUGUCACCCAACCUGAGCCCCGACACCAAGCAGGCCUCCCCCUUGGUCAGCCCGUUGCUGAACGACCAGGCGGGCCCUCGGACUGACGACGAGGACGACGGCCGGAGAAAGAGAUUUCCAACUGACAAAGCGUACUUCAUCGCUAAGGAAGUCUCCACCACUGAGAGAACGUAUCUGAAGGAUCUCGAAGUCAUCACUUCGUGGUUUCAGAGCACAGUAAGCAAAGAGGACUCCAUGCCCGAAACCUUGAAAAGUCUCAUUUUCCCGAAUUUUGAACCUUUGCACAAAUUUCAUACAAAUUUUCUCAAGGAAAUUGAGCAACGACUCGCCCUGUGGGAAGGCCGCUCGAAUGCUCACAUCAGAGGAGAUUACCAAAGAAUUGGAGAUGUGUUGCUGAAGAACAUUCAGGGCAUGAAGCAACUGGCGGCGCAUCUGUGGAAGCACAGCGAGGCUCUGGAGGCGCUGGAGACCGGCAUCCGGGGCUCCCGGCGGCUGGAGAGCUUGUGCCGAGACUUCGAGCUGCAGAAGGUGUGCUACCUGUCGCUCAACACCUUCCUCCUGCGCCCGCUGCACCGGCUUAUGCACUACAAGCAGGUCCUGGAGCGGCUGUGCAAGCACCACCCGCCCAGCCACACUGACUUCAGGGACUGCCGAGCUGCUUUGGCAGAGAUCACGGAAAUGGUGGCCCAGCUUCACGGUACGAUGAUCAAGAUGGAGAAUUUCCAGAAGCUGCAUGAACUCAAGAAAGAUUUGAUUGGCGUUGACAAUCUUGUGAUUCCAGGAAGGGAAUUCAUCCGUUUGGGCAGCCUCAGCAAGCUCUCCGGGAAGGGGCUCCAGCAGCGCAUGUUCUUCCUGUUCAACGACGUCUUGCUCUACACGAGCAGGGGGCUGACGGCCUCGAAUCAGUUUAAAGUUCACGGGCAGCUCCCGCUCUACGGCAUGACCAUGGAGGAAAGUGAGGACGAGUGGGGCGUGCCCCACUGCCUCACCCUGCGGGGCCAGCGCCAGUCCAUCGUCGUGGCUGCCAGUUCUCGGUCCGAGAUGGAAAAGUGGGUGGAGGACAUACAGAUGGCCAUUGACUUGGCCGAGAAAAGCAGCGGCCCCGCCCCCGAGUUCCUGGCCAGCAGCCCUCCUGACAGCAAGUCCGCGGAGGAGGCAGCGGGCGACCAGGAGUCGGAGGACGACCUCAGCGCCUCGCGCACCUCGUUGGAGCGCCAGGCCCCGCACCGCGGCAACACCAUGGUGCACGUGUGCUGGCACCGCAACACCAGCGUCUCCAUGGUGGACUUCAGCGUGGCCGUGGAGAAUCAGCUGUCUGGGAACCUGCUGAGGAAAUUCAAAAACAGCAACGGGUGGCAGAAGCUGUGGGUAGUCUUCACCAACUUCUGCCUCUUCUUCUACAAGUCGCACCAGGACAGUCACCCCCUCGCCAGCCUGCCUCUGCUUGGGUACUCGCUCACCAUUCCCUCGGAGUCUGAAGACCUCCACAAGGACUACGUGUUCAAGCUGCAUUUCAAGUCCCACGUGUACUACUUCAGGGCUGAAAGCGAAUACACGUUUGAAAGAUGGAUGGAGGUGAUCCGAAGUGCUACCAGUUCGGCCUCCCGUGCCCACGUUCUGAGUCACAAAGAAUCUCACGUGUAUUGAUGGCAGGACGGGACACAUGUGUUGAUUGUUUCAGCAGUGGCGACUUUCCCGGAAGACAUUUUCUUUCUUCUGUAUUAAUGAAGCCUAGUAAAAUUAACACCUGUCUGUCUGGAAAACAAAAUAAUACAUGGUUUCACAGCGAC